AUGCACUACCUACUGAGCCGUCUGCUUCAUCAACGGCAACUCAACGUCUCGGCUCAGCUAUUCAAUGUCAGUCACUAUGAUGUUAUUACGGAUAUGUCCAACACGUUCAGCUCCCUAAAGGAAAUCAUCAAUGCGCCCAGCUACCCAUCCAAUAAAGUUGAUCAAAGUGUCGUGGAGAUAGUCAUUGCCAGACUAACCGCCGCUAUCCGGGAGACCGGAAGUAUCGAGUCGUAUGCCGCCGAGUUGGUGGACGUUCUGGAUGAAGUUUUAAGACACCCGAUGACAUCGCUCAACGAGAAGAGUCAGGAUGUGGAUAGUCCCCAUUGUAAGAUUGCGUCGGAUCUGCUUUCCAGUUUGUUUAUGCACUACAGCAACAAGUCGGUCAUGACCUUGACUAUUCCCGUGGCCUUAAAAUGUUUGAAUUCCGAGAAUGCGGAGCUCGUUAAGAACACGACGAGCUACAUCUCGCUGGCUGCAAUCCAUAAUCGGAAGUCACUCUCGUCACAUGCACUUCAGAUUAUUUCGAAUGUUGUCAGAGGGAACUACUCGUUGAUUCAAGUGCUCCCACAGAUCUAUCAGGAUAAUAAGGAACCGUUUCAUGCGCAAUUGUCGCAGUUGUUGGAUCUCCUCCAAAACCAGCACGUCGAUUGCAGUGAGAAGCUCUCACUCCUCCAACUAGCCUCCAUGGUCGCCAACACUAAGCCAGAGGUCCUGAUUCCCUAUCUCCCACGAUUCGAUGUCUACCUAUUAUCCCCCCAAAUGUCAACUGCUCUCCUCAAUAUUUAUAUGUCAUUGAUCUCACAAAAUCGCACGAAAUCUCUCGCCCAAUUCAUGCCCACCCUGAAAUUGGCGGCCCAGUCGAAUGAGUUUAUCAACAAUCGGACGACUAUCUGUAAAACGCGGCUAGACAGGGAAUCCCUCGGGGUUGAGGCGUAG